AUGACCAGCGGGCCCUUGAAAUUCUUCAACUUGGCUCUUCUAGUGACUGGAUACUCGCUGGGAUUCGCUGUACUCGACACCCACAUGUUCCCUGUAGCCGCCCGGUUCAUUGGUCGAGGCCGUUGUCCUCCCCCUGCCAAGCCAGGCCUGGAAGUUCUUUUCCUCAAUGAAGGGCAGACGACAACAAAGAACUGGCUCUGUCUGGUGACCUUAUCGAUAAAGAGAAGCAAGGAGCCGAAUGCCUCUUCUGCUCCUGGAUUGGACUGGACUCUUUGUGCUCAUCUAAACGAUGCUGAAAAGAGCCUAGAAUUUCACGCGAGUGUGGCAAGCGAUGGAUCCAUCGUUUUGGACGCCAAUGCAAGGUACGAACGGUUAUCACGCACAAAAGGGACAAGCCCAAGCCCCCAAUCCUAA